ACACGAGUCACUAAGGAAACGGGGACAUAGGAAACACCUGUAUAGAUUAUGACGAAGACAGGAAUAGUGUCGUGUGAAACGACAGACGGGAGCAAAAUGGCGACCAGACUGCUUGCGGUGAUCGUGUUGGUCACACUGUUGCCUGUUUUGGCGUCACAGAGACACAUCGCAAGACGCGGGGCGCUGUCGUAUGUGGUGCACAAGGGAUGUUUGUAUAUGGCUCACUAUGUUCGUGACAACUACCCCGUGCUGGAGGCGACGCACGACACCAGUGUGGGCGGGCGGACCAACUGGGUAGACUGGGCUCGGGACGUCGCUGGAGCAUCCUACCUGCCCGACGAGCUGCUGCAUGGUCUCAUCGAGUGCGGACAGGGCUAUACGUUCUUCGCCCUGACGGCGUCGCAAGCCCUCAUAGCGGAGCACAAUAUGUCGCUGCCUCUUAUACCAGGAAAAUAAAACUGCUUCUCAAACAUG